CGGGAGGGAGGAGUGGCGGUGGCUCGGCAGCGCCGCGGCAGCCGGGGAGACCUCGGUGCUCGUGAGCUCUCCUCGUAGUUUCAGGCCGCACGUGCAUCUUGAUCAUCUCUCUCCCAGGACACCCUUCAACCUCCCUGGACCCCUUCGAACGCUCCUCCUACCUUCGUCAUGUCCUCUCCCACGCACUGAAUCUAAUUACUACUGCCUGCUGGAAUGUUGACUGCUCUUGCUGGCCCGAUUUUGUGCAGGGCUUGUCUCACAGAACAAUAUUUAGAACUGGAAAAUACUCUAAGAGUAGUGAUUCCUUUGGAGCACAGGAGCCAUGGUUAAAGUUCUCAUUGACUUCAUGAUCUGCUGAGCAUUCUGUCUUAACCAUCUCCAUUCCUAGACUGAAUUUACCAUAUUUUUUUCAUAUUUGCAAAAAUUCUUCAGUUGGUAAAAGUGUCUGGGAGGUUAGGUGUUGCAAACAAUGGAAUUCAGAUCCAUUUUCUUUCCACUGUAAUCUCCUGACUUCAGAAUUCCUGUGUUGGCUCAGCAGAUAAAGACACACCCCAGCCUGAAGACCUGAGACCCACUUGUGAAGUACCUAAAGCGAAGAGGAAAGCAGAAUGUCCUCAGUGUCAUCUGAAUACACCAUUGGUGGGGUGAAGAUUAGCUUUCCCUGUAAAGCUUAUCCUGCACAGCUUGCUAUGAUGAAUUCCAUUGUCAGAGGACUAAACAGUAGCCAGCAUUGCUUGUUGGAGAGUCCCACGGGAAGCGGAAAAAGCCUAGCCCUGCUUUGUUCGGCGUUAGCAUGGCAACAAUCUUUUAGUGGAAAGCCGGUGGAUGAGAGCGUGAAUAAAAAACCUGAGGUGCCAUGUUGUUGUGCAUGCCAUUCAAAAAAUUUUACGUACAGUGAUACAAACCUGGACACUUCACCUCAUUUCAGUAGUCCAAGCAAACCGUCUUCUGAAAGAAAUGGAAUCUCAUCACCCUGUAGAGACUCUACUGCGAAAACUACUCUGGCUGCAAAGUUAUCUGCCAAGAAACAGGCAUCCACACACAGAGAUGAAGAUGAUGAUUUUCAGGUAGAGAAGAAAAGAAUCCGACCCUUAGAGACUGCGCAGCAGAUGAGAAAACGUCAUUGUUUGGAAAAGGACGUUCACCAUGUGGAUGCACAAGUUACUUCGGAAAAGAGAGUAAAGCCCGAGUCUCCGGUAGGAAAGACAAGUUCCUCUUUCCGAAAUCCUGAUGGCCUCUGUUCCAGGUGUUCUUGUUCUGCUAAACAAGGAAACAAUGAAGAGUCUGCAAAUACUGUUAAGAAAGAUCACGGGGUACAAUCCAAGAGACCCAAAAUUUACUUUGGGACACGCACACACAAGCAGAUUGCUCAGAUUACCAGAGAGCUCCGUAAAACAGCUUACUCGGGGGUCCCCAUGAGUAUUCUUUCCAGCAGGGAUCACACCUGUAUUCAUCCUGAAGUGGUGGGAAACUUCAACAGAAACGAGAAGUGCAUGGAAUUGCUGGAUGGCAAAAACGAAAAAUCCUGCUAUUUUUAUCAUGGUGUUCAUAAAAUCGGUAAUCAACAGACACUGCAAUUCCUCCAUGGGAUGUCCAGAGCCUGGGACAUAGAAGAACUCGUCAGCCUCGGGAGGAGGCUGAAGGCUUGUCCCUACUACACAGCUCGAGAACUGAUAGAUGACGCUGACAUAAUAUUUUGUCCCUACAACUACCUGUUAGAUGCACAAAUAAGGGAAAGUAUGGAUAUAAAGCUGAGAGAGCAAGUUGUCAUUUUAGAUGAAGCUCAUAACAUUGAAGAGUGUGCCCGGGAAUCAGCAAGCUACAGCGUGACAGAAGUCCAACUUAGGUUUGCUCGGGAUGAGCUAGAUAGUCUGGUCAGCAGCAACAUAAGGAAGAAAAACCAUGAGCCGCUACGAGAUGUGUGCUAUAACCUCAUUAAUUGGUUAGAAACAAAUUCUGAACAUCUUGUAGAAAGGAGCUAUGAAUCAUCUUGUAAAAUAUGGAGUGGAAAUGAAAUGCUCCUAAACUUACACAAAAUGGGCAUCACCACUGCUACUUUUCCCAUUCUGCAGAGACAUCUUUCAGCUGUUCUUCAAAAAGAAGAGAAAGUCACAUCAAUCCAUGGUUCAGAGGAGGCAAUACAGCUGCCUAUUAUUAGUGCUUCAACUCAAAUAAUGCUGAAAGGACUCUUUAUGGUCCUUGACUAUCUCUUUAGAGAAAAUAGCAGAUUUGCAGGUGAUUAUAAAAUUGCUAUUCAACAGUCUUACUCCUGGACAAAUCAGAUUGCUGUUCUUGAUAAAAAUGGGGUCUUGGCUCUACCAAAAAAUAAGAAACAUUCACGACAGAAAAUUGGAGUUCAUGUGCUAAACUUUUGGUGCUUAAAUCCAGCUGUGGCCUUUUCAGAUAUUAAUGACAAAGUACGUACUAUUGUUCUAACAUCAGGAACGCUGUCGCCCCUGAAAUCCUUUUCAUCUGAGCUUGGUGUUAAAUUUAACAUCCAACUAGAGGCUAACCAUGUCAUCAGUAACUCACAGGUUUGGGUUGGUACAGUUGGCUCAGGCCCUAAGGGUCGGAAUCUCUGUGCUACCUUCCAGCAUACUGAAACGUUUGAGUUCCAGGAUGAAGUGGGAAUGCUUUUGUUAUCUGUGUGCCAAACUGUGAGCCAAGGAAUUUUGUGCUUUUUGCCAUCAUACAAGCUAUUAGAGAAAUUAAGAGACCGUUGGGUUUUUACUGGCUUAUGGCAUAGUUUGGAGUCAGUGAAGACAGUUAUUGCAGAACCCCAAGGAGGAGAAAAAACUGAUUUUGACGAAUUGUUGCAGGUGUACUAUGAUGCCAUCAAGUUCAAAGGAGAAAAGGAUGGAGCCCUUCUCAUAGCAGUGUGUCGUGGCAAAGUGAGCGAGGGUCUGGAUUUCUCUGAUGAUAACGCCCGAGCUGUCAUAACAGUAGGAAUUCCUUUUCCAAAUGUGAAGGAUCUUCAGGUUGAACUGAAACGGCAAUACAAUGACCACCACUCAAAACUGAGAGGUCUUUUGCCUGGCCGUCAAUGGUAUGAAAUUCAAGCAUACAGAGCCUUAAAUCAGGCGCUAGGCAGGUGUAUUCGACACAAAAAUGAUUGGGGAGCUCUUAUCCUAGUGGAUGAUCGCUUCAAUAACAAUCCAAACCGUUAUACAUCGGGACUUUCUAAGUGGGUGCGGCAGCAGAUUCAGCACCACUCGACCUUUGCCAGCGCCCUGGAGUCCCUGACUGAGUUUUCUGAAAGACACCAGAAAGUUACUAAUAGACCCAAAAAAUAUAACAACUGUAUAAAAGACAAUGGGUCCUCUCUGGAAGUGUCCUGUUUGGAGGAUAGCACUCUUACACGUGUGGCAGAAGCAAGCCAUCCAUCGCCAGAAAAAUUGAGAAAAGAAGAAGCAAAAGAGCAUGUCCAGGAGCCUCGGGAUCCCCAGGCGGCUGCUAAAAACCCACCAGCGCCACGUCACGGUGUGUCCAGAAGGGAGAAAAGUGAUCCACUACUAAGAGAAGAGUCUGUUCAGACAGUGAAAACAGAAAAAAAUAUGAUUUCCAGAUCCUCAAGCCCAACUUUCGGAAAACAAAUAGAGCCGGUCAGCUGGCCUAUCUUUAAUUCUCUGAGACAGCAUUUCACUAGUAAAGUAAAGGACUGCACACCUGUUCUCAAGGCAUCAGAGAACCAUGCCUCUGGUUUGUCCACCUCCAAAACAGAAAAUAAAACUGCUUUGCCACUCACAGGUAAAUGUGUACCCUCAAAUGAAGCAGCAGACACACCAUUCGCACCUUGCCCCCAGCCAGAAAUCAUGAUUUCAUCAGUGAAGGCUGACGUUACUCCUGCUAAGAGCCAUGGCAAACAGCUGUUGCGCUCUGAGAAAGACCUCCAGCCGGAUGGCGAAUCGUCUCCAGAAGCCGAGUGCUCCAGUUCAGAAGACGCUGUUGAAGAAGAGGACUCUGAAUGUUUCACACCUGAACUUUUUGAUCCCGUCGAUACAGACGAAGAAAACAUUGAACUAGUUGAAACUGUAGGAAUUCGGACAAAAGUGAAAGUCGAAAGUCUCACAGACACAAAGUUGAAUGGAGUCACAGCAGUGGAAGAGAACAAAGCUGACAACUUGUAGAAGUGAGUUAGAGCUGGGGACAGCUCAUGAAUAGACAUGGGGACCUAUAAGCAGUAGGGGAGGCCCCAGUAUUAGGUAAUGCUGUCAGGCUUUUGUUAAGCCUUGUUGUGUAAAUAGUAAUUUGUACGUUGGGUAGAUGUUAUCAUUUUAAUUUUUCAGAUAUAGUUUUCAUUUUAAUUCAUCAGAUUUUAAACUUACUUUAUGUUCAAAAAUAACAAGCUUUAUUACAGAGUUUUAAUUAGUCUAUACAGAGUACUUUCCUCUUUUAUUUAGUUUCCUGGGGCACUUCCAAUUGCACACAAUGACUCAUAAUUUAUAGUUCACUUAAUGUGUUUUCAUGCUAAUAUACAAAGAUUAAUCUCAGUUAAAUCUCGCCACACUUCAGCCAUGUUACUGUAUAUCUUAAUUCAAAUUCAUAAAAGAUGUUUUUAGAAAUCAUAGUUUAUCUCCAAAAGUUUGCCGUUUCAUUAGCCUGCCUUAGAUUGGGAAUGGAGCAUACAGCCACUCUCCCAGCCUGUGGAAUAUAGGCUCAGAGCCAGCCAGGGCUGUGGAAUGAAACCCUCUUUCAAAGUCAAAAGAAAAAAAAAUUGUUUAGAACUAGUUUAUUAGACAAAUUAAAGGAAAGAGCAUACAUAUUUAAUUGAAACUGGGGUUUUUUUGUUGUUUGCUAAAACUAAAAUAUAAGAAACAAAAUUAUAUGCAGUUCUAGAAUGCCAUUUGAAAUAAUCCAGAUAUCAAUUCUAAUUAUUUUGCUUCACUGUCAUCACAGAAAAUGGUGUGCUUUAACCUCUGUCCUCCUCACACAUACCCACAGACCAUGACACACAUGUGUGCAGAGACACAUUACACAUACACAGAUACACACACAUGAAAAUAAUACACAGAUCCUAGCAGUACCAAAGACAUGAUACAUUCAAGAAUAAAGUUUUAAUUCUGUAACUAUUAAGAUAGAAACCCUAGUAUAUAAAUUUAAUAAAUACACAGAUGUUACAUACAUACACAUUUAUAUACACACAAAUAAAAAACAGUCCCUGAAAUAUGGUCUCUUAAAGAACGAGAAUCUACUGUGAAUUUUGAGUGUGUGUAAGUUUUAGAGGCUGGAACUAUAUCUGAUCAAAAAUUUUUAUAAAAGAUGGUCAUCUCUGACAUUUCAAAACUACAUCCACUGAUUUUUUUCCCCCCCAAAGAAAAUAUUUGGAUUAUUCAAGACUGUUUAUGGUGAUUUGAAGUGGGAGUGUGGUGUCUAUAUGUGUAGCUGGAAAUCAAGCCCCAGGGCCUUGCAUGCCAAGCAGGCGUUCUAGCAUUGGGCUGUCUCCAGCCCACAUUGAAAUUUUAUAAGCGUGCUUUAUUAUCAAGUCAAAACUCCCAGUAACUGUAUUUUUACGUUCAUCUGGGUAAGUGAAUUAUCACAUAUGCAUGUAUUAUGUAUUUGCCUUCGCUUUGAUAGCACUUAGAUUUGACACAUGAAAUUUGAAAAUUGACACAUAAAAAUUGACUGCUUACCAAGUAAGCUAUCUGUAGAUUUAGAAGGUGAUUUCUACAUUCUUUUGAAAAGGAGAAACCAUGUCUUCUAUUGUAGUAGGCUGGUCCUGGAAAGAAUUCCUGGUAGAAUGUUCCCGCUGGGCCUCAGGCUUGCUGCUUAUAUGGCAGCACCACGCCUUUCAUGGGAUUAGUUUCAUUUAUAAAAUAUGGACUUAAAUACUAUAAAGGCUUGCAAAUCCCUUUAAGCAAUUUAAAGGAAUAUCUUGGUAUUUUCUUUCUGUGUCCGGCUUUGUUCCAAAAUGCGUACAAUAAAGCAUACCACUGUGUAGAAAAGGUCAGAUGACUUACUUAUCUACAUUCUGGGAACAUAAAUAUGUGUGCAGUAACUUAGAAAGCUGGAUAUUUAUUUUAACUGAUACAAUUUAAACAUUUUUGGUAUCUUUGGAGUUGUUUCCCCCCUCGCUCUAUUUUUGUUGUUGUUUGGUUGGGUAUUUUGUUUUUGUUUUAAGAUGGGAUUUCAUGUAUUACAUUCUGGCCUUGAAUUCCCAAUCCUCCUGUCUCCACCUUCCAUGUGCUGGGUUUACAGUGUGCUGAAUCACACCGAGCUUAAAAUUACCUUCAGAAGAAUCAUUAAACUGCAUGAAAAAUGUCAAAGACAUCAUUUUACAGCCAGGUACCCAACUUAAUCACAGAUAUCAUUCAUCUUAGUUUGGGUUUCAUUGCUCUGAAGAGACAUCAUGACCAUAGCAACUCUUAGAAAGGACAACAUUUAAUUGGGGCUGGCUUACAGUAUCAGAGGUUUAGUCCAUGAUCAUGGCAGCACACAGAUAGACACAGUGCUGGAGGAGCUGAGAGUUCUACAUCUUGAUCCACAGGCAGUAGAAGGAGACCGUGUACCACACUGGGUAUAGCUUGAGCACAGGAGACCUCAAAGCCCUCCCCCACAGUGACGCACUUCCUCCAAGGCCACACCUCCUAAUAGUGCCACUCCUGUGGGCCAAGCAUUCAAGCACAUGCAUUUAUGGGGACUGAACCUAUUCAAACCACCACACUUUUAUCUUCCCCUGCAUUACUUUUUCCAAAAGCUAAUAGUCUCUGCAUAUUACUGAGGAGUUUGCAGAGAUGUUCCACAAGCUCUCAGUAUUUCAAAAUUGUUUAACUUUUUUUAGAUCAAGGAGUCUGCUCAGAUCAUCAUUCUAGCAAGAUGAUCGUCCAAAAAGCAAAUAAACUACAGGCCUUUUGAGAGUAGGAGAUAUACUGUUUUCACUAGUGAUAACAAAAGAUGUUUUUCAAGCUAAAAUUGAAGCAUGGGAAGUCCUGUAAAAGAGUACCUAGCACAUGGCAAGUCACAGCCAGUGAGGUCAGCCAAGCCUCUGCAGUGCUCCCUGGCUUCUGUGAGGCUUUCCCUAACUAUGGGCAGAUCAACUGACAACAAAGAACUGUUAGUGAUCAAAGGAAACAUUCUUUGGCUGGUUUAUUUUUCAAACUUCUGAAAUAUGUAGUAGAAAUUAUCAAGUAAUUUGUCUUGAGUGUUUAAUACAUGUGAAGGGAUGAUUUAACAUUGCAUUUCUCCAAGGACUGAAAGUAUAUGCAGCACUUAGGUUUUGUACCGUGAGCUCUACUAGUUGGAGAAUGGCCUUUGUUUGUGAAAGAAAGGUUCGAUUUAAAGAGUAGAUUCUUUUCGUGACUCAGUAGCUGAAGAACCACUUAAAGCUUUCUCAAAUUGUGUAGGAAAUUAAUGGGGCCUCUUAACUAUGUUCCUACUGUGCAUUUUAUUAUUACAUGGUCUUGAAAGUGGGCACUGUUUCUGUGUGUUUAUUUCUCCUCUUUUGAUCUUUCUAUUCAAUACAAUAAUUAUUUAAAAAAGGAGCCAUUCCCACAUUUUUCUAAAGUAGGGCUUUGCCAUGUUUUCUGCUUAUAAGAAAACACAAAGUAAUCUUUCAGAAGUGUUUAUGCACGUCUCCAUGCAAAGUGCCUGUUGUAACAUCACUUGAAGGACUGGCCAUCAGAAGGCCU